AUGCACUUCAGCUGCGGUGUAGAUGUCGUCUCCAACACCGAUGAACAGUUGUCACCCAUUUGUAAAUGUCAGCAAAAUUUAGGAAGCCUUGAAAAUAAAGCAGAUGAGGCUCUGGCUCACUUCACUGAGUCACUGGAUGUAAAGAGUACUGAAGAAGAUGGAAAAGAUCAUGAAAGCAAGAAUCAGAGUAGCUCAGAUGCAUCUGAAGAUAGAGACCUUGAUAACAUAUCAGACAGUGAAAAAGAAGGAAAGAAGGAGAAGAACCACCCCACUCACAUGUUCGCUCCUCAGCGAGAUGAAACCCUUGCUACAGUAACUUUUGGUGAAUCAGAGGGCUCAUCCACAGAAAAAAUUACACUGUGGAGCAAGCAAGACUCUGUAGAGUUCAUUAGCUUGUCUACUGGAAAAAUUACUGCAGAGGUAAAAUAUGGUUCUUUUAAUGUAAAAGUAGAAAUUACAGAUGUUUCUUUGUUUGAUUCUGGAACAAACCUUGUAGCUGAGAAAAGAAGAAGUUCUAAGAACAAUAAACGUUGCCAUGAAAAACAAUACCAGAAAAGCCAGUGUUCUAGGUGUUCAAAGAACCAGUGUCCUUCAACCAGCCAUAAAGCAGAACACAAUGUGAAAUAUAGGGGAUCCUCUAAACGUAAAAUUCAAACAGCCAUCAACAAAAAUGUCUCCCUGAAAAUGAACAUUGAAGCAAAGGAAAUUAAAGUGGAAUAUACCAGCAGAAAGGAGAAUUUAAAGGUUAACAUCAAACCUAGUGAACAGGCACAGAACAAAACCUGCAACAGGGAACGUGAAGACACAUAUUGGAGUGAAACUGAUUAUUCUGUAACAGAGACACCUUACAACACAGAUUGUAAGUCAUCUUUUAGCUUUCACGAAAAAGUCGACUAUACAUUCCCAGAUGGAUGUACACUUCUCCCUCCACCUAAAGAAUUUGCUGACUGUGACAAAAUGCAUUUGGAUACAAUUGCAGAGGGGGUAUCUUUGUACCCUGUUGAUGACAGAAAGGAAUCCGACAACCUUUCUACAGCCUUCAGAAUUUGGAGGGGAGAAAAUUAUUUCUCUAGUUAUACCUUGAAUAACUCAAAUGUUGGGAAGGAGUUUGUCAGUAAGAACAAUGCACCAGGUCUAAAAAGAUACAACUGUGACAAAUGCAGAGACAUGGGGCAAAAACCAGCACGAAGAAAGUCUUUCCCAGAUACUACCCUUGAUCUCCCAUCACCAGUUCCCCCUAGAAGGGAUUCUGGCUUUUAUUCAUUGCCAUCCUUAAAAGUGUUACCUAAGGAGAUCAAAGCAGGAGAUGUCUCUGAUAGGAACUCGCAUGUUCAUAGAAGCUACACGGAACUUUUUAAGUGUCCUGACUUGACCUCCUCACUGAGAAGUUUGAGAGGUCUUAAGUCUUCCUAUCAGUAUGCUUUCACAUCAUUUGAUCACAAUAUUACCAUUUACUCAUCUGAGCCCGAAGAAAGUCUGGAUGACACUUGUUUACUGAAUGAAUAUGCAGACUAUGUGCGGCAAGGUGAAGAAACAGAAGAAACUUUAAUGGAGAGUCUUCAUUCCAGUGGUACGAUAAAUGAGAAAAAGGAAAAUGGACUUGAAGAGUGUUUAGAAAACCAAGCCAUAUGGGAGGAAGACUCUGAGUCUACCGAGGAUGGUUUUGAUGAAGCAUCAUCAGAGUACAACCAUCUAGAAAAGCACAUUGAAUUGCAGAACAAAGCUCAGCUAGCACAGGUCUCUCCCUGUUCUAGAAGCCCUUCAGUUGAACUUGCUAAUGACAAGGAAAGUACUAAUUACAGAUUUUCAAAAAGUGCCCAAAAUCAGCUUUUAGCUUUACAGCAGAAUGUUCACCCACCCUCUACAGAGCCUGAAGUGACAAAAAGGAGAGGCUCAGUAAUGACUGUGAUAACUGGAGAACUAGAAAGAAGACUCAUCCAGGGUGACACUAAAUCGAUAACUAAUUCUCUUGGGUCUGCAGUAAGAAAAGAGACUAAACUUCCCUGUAGUAUACAAGAAAAAUCCUUGCUGUCAUCUUUGCUGUUAGAUUGCAAGGAGCAUGACAUAAAUAAUGAAUUAGAAAGCUUUUCUGAGAUUCAGGCUGCAUCUGAGGAUAACCUGGUUGAAUCUGACAGCCAUAAUGAUUCAGCACAGGCUGCCAUAUUAGCUACCUCUUCCUCAUAUACAGAAAAGAGGGAGAACUUUAUAGAACAUUCAAAUGUCUUGGGAAAACUGGAGAACUUUUGCAGUAACCAGUCAACUGAUGAUAGCUUAAAGAGAGAUCCUGGAGCACUUCAGCCACCUCAGUUAGCUAAAUCCAACUCUGACGAAGCUGAGAAGAAGAUUGAAAUGAAAGAAGAUUUUCAUCAGAAUGCAGAUAUCCCCCCAACUUCAGUAAAAGAGAUUAGUCAGAAAGAUUUGAAGUCAGAAAUGAAUAAAACCAGAAAGAUACCUUUGAUGAAAGACACCAGAGCAAGCGAUAGUUCCCAGGAAGAAGCAAUAGACCAGUGGGCCAGGAGAAGGAAGCAGUUCAAAGACAGCAAAAAAUGCAGUUCAACGGGCGGAAGCUCCAUAAACAGCACAAUCACUGAGGGAUCAAUAAAUUCAGAAGAUGCUCGGUCAGUAGAUCUUGGACUACAUUCUGAAAAUGAAGACAGAGGUUUUUACACAGAAAACUUUCAUUCUGCUUCCUGGGUUUUCCGAGGAGACGAUGUCUCUCCAGAUAAUAGUCCUAGAUGUCUCAGCAAACGACCUAGACCAGUCGCAAUUCGUGAAAGAACGGUGAAGAUUUCUAAAGGAAUUGGCAAUUACCCUUGGGGUUUCAGGAUCCAGUUCUCAAAGCCUAUCCUUGUGACUGAGGUUGACACAAACAGUGCAGCUGAAGAAGCAGGGCUUCAGGUGGGGGAUAUUCUGAUAGCAGUCAAUGGAACUGAUGUCACCAGCAUGCCACAUUCAGAAGCUGCCAAUCUGGCAAGGAAAGGCCCUGAUAUCCUGACUAUGGUGGUGGGAUCAGAUAUCAGCCGUUACCCUAACACUCCCAGACCCACCUGCCGAGGAUAUUUACAUAAACGAACACAGUCAGCAAUACUGAAGGGCUGGAGGAAGAGGUGGUUUGUGCUGAAACAUAAUGGCUACCUACACUAUUAUAAACACAAGAAGGAUGAAGGGAAAUGCAGACCCCUGGAAGUAACAAAGCUCGAAGGAGCAGAAAUUGGUGUUGACACUAAUCUGGGUAAACCAUUUGUUUUUAAAUGCAUACCUCAAACUGGAAAUAGGGUUUUCUACUUCUGUGCAACUUCCAACCAAGAAAUGAAGAGGUGGCUGGAGGCUAUGGAUAAAGCAGCACAUCCUGUCCAUCAGAACCAUGUGUGGGUAGAUGUCACGCUGCAUAACACUACACUUCCACCCUUGGCUAUCAAAAACCCGGAGUGCCUGGGGCUUCUCCAUCAGCUGGAUAGAAGCAAAGACAUCUGGAUUCAGCACUACUGUGUUCUGAAGGAUGGCUGUUUGUACUUUUAUGCCACUCUGCGGUCUACACCUGCCCAAGGUGGCCUUUACUUACAGGGGUAUAUGGUGAGUGAACAGUCCCUGGGCUCCAAGAGAUCUGUAAUUGAACUCAAACCUCCUUCUGAAGAAUUUAAAACUUUCUACUUAAGUGCAGAGAAUGUAAAUGAAAACAAAAG